AUGCCUGACAGUGGUAAAGGCCUUACCCUGCGAGUGUCCCGUCGAGGACUUGCAAAUCAAGACGGAAAACGAGAGAAGGGCGGACAGUUGCGGUAUAUGACGGCUUUCAUCACCGUCGUGAUGCAGCUAAGUCUGAAGGCAUUUGAUUGGUGCAAUGUAAACAGUAUGCCCGGGCAUAACCCUGAGGUAGAAGGAAGAGAAACUCAGGCUGCUAAGGAUCAGAGAGUGUUAUUUGUGUUUAUUUACUCUUCAGCUCUCCGCUACGAAACAUCCUUCAGUCUUUUUGGCACCGGAAAACACAUGUUGGCUCCCAUUGAUGAUGUUGUGGCGUGGGGAGAGUCACUGGAGCAGCUUCUGGAGUGUAAAACCGGCCAGCUGGUGUUUGAGGACUUCUUGAGGACAGAAUACAGCGAGGAGAACCUUCUAUUUUGGCUGGCCUGCGAGGAAUACAAGAAAAUUACCAGUGAGGCAGAAAUGACGCUGGCUGCCAAACGGAUCCACACAGACUUUGUCCAAGUUGAUGCACCGAGACAGAUAAACAUUGACUGCGUGACAAGAGAGGAAAUCAGUGAAAAUCUCUCUCAGCCAGGGCCGAAUUGCUUCGACAGGGCACAGAGACUGAUAUACGCUCUGAUGGAAAACGACUGCUAUCCACGAUUUCUGAAAUCAGAAAUCUACCAAGCUCUCCUGGAACAGCAGUGA